CACAGCCCUUAAAUUUUCUCUCUUUCAUUUCUUCCUCUCCAACUUUCUUCUGCCCCUUUCAAUUUUCCUCUAAUGGAUCCCGUUUCAGUUUGGGGCAACGAACCUCUCUCCGCUGUAGAUCCCGAAAUCCACGACCUAAUCGAAAAGGAAAAACGCCGUCAAAGCCACGGAAUCGAACUAAUCGCAUCGGAAAACUUCACAUCAUUCGCCGUAAUUGAAGCUCUCGGCAGUGCUUUAACCAACAAAUACUCCGAAGGAAUUCCCGGUAACCGUUACUACGGCGGUAAUGAAUACAUUGACAUAAUCGAAAACCUAACCAGAAGCCGUGCUUUAACGGCUUUUCAUUUAGAUCCAACAAAAUGGGGUGUAAAUGUUCAACCCUAUUCUGGUAGCCCAGCGAAUUUCGCUGCGUACACAGCUGUUUUGAAUCCACAUGAUAGGAUUAUGGGAUUGGAUUUACCAUCUGGUGGACAUUUAACUCAUGGUUAUUAUACUUCUGGUGGGAAAAAAAUUUCUGCAACUUCGAUUUAUUUUGAGAGUUUGCCUUAUAAGGUGAAUUCAACAAAUGGGUAUAUUGAUUAUGAUAGGUUGGAAGAGAAGGCUUUGGAUUUUAGGCCUAAAUUGAUUAUUUGUGGAGGUAGUGCUUAUCCUAGAGAUUGGGAUUAUAAGAGAUUUAGAGAAAUUGCUGAUAAAUGUGGGGCCCUUUUGCUUUGUGAUAUGGCUCACAUUAGUGGCCUUGUUGCUGCUCAGGAAGCUGCGGAUCCCUUUGAAUAUUGUGACUUGGUCACUACCACUACUCACAAGAGCUUGAGGGGUCCAAGGGCCGGUAUGAUCUUCUACCGCAAGGGCCCUAAGCCACCAAAGAAGGGACAGCCUGAGGAUGCGGUCUAUGACUUUGAAGACAAGAUUAACUUUGCUGUUUUCCCCUCGCUCCAGGGUGGUCCUCACAACCACCAAAUUGGUGCUCUUGCUGUUGCCCUGAAACAGGCCGCAACUCCUGGUUUUAAGGCGUAUGCUAAGCAAGUGAAGGCCAAUGCAGUUGCUCUUGGUAACUACCUCAUGAGCAAAGGAUACAAGCUUGUAACUGGUGGGACUGAGAACCACCUUGUCCUUUGGGAUCUUAGACCUCUUGGUUUGACUGGUAACAAGGUUGAGAAGCUUUGUGACCUUGCCAACAUUACUGUUAACAAGAAUGCUGUUUUCGGUGACAGCAGUGCUUUGGCCCCAGGAGGUGUUCGUAUUGGUACUCCUGCAAUGACAUCAAGGGGAUUGGUUGAGAAGGACUUCGAGCAGAUUGCCGAGUUCCUCCACAGGGCUGUUACCAUCACCUUGAACAUCCAGAAGGAGUAUGGAAAGCUUUUAAAGGAUUUCAACAAGGGUCUUGUUAAUAACAAGGAAAUUGAAGAACUCAAGGCUGACGUCGAGAAAUUCUCAUCCUCCUUUGACAUGCCCGGCUUCAAGUUGUCUGAGAUGAAGUACAAGGACUAAAUUCACAGUGCAUCGCAACUGCUAUCGUAUUUCUUGGUUUGUUUCUUUAGUUUGGAUGGAAGAAAAAAUUUCUCUACAAGUUAUAUCCAAUUCAGAAAAAAAAACAAUAAUGGUUUACCUCUUUAUUCUGCACUUGGUGCUGUAGGUUAUUGGAUUUUUGUCUUGCAAGGCAAUUCGUAAGUGGCCUCUUCUUAAACUUUACCAAGAUUGUUGUGUCCAAAAUGAGUACCACGAAUGUAUGUUGUUUUCAUUUCUUGUAUCCUAGUAAUUCAAGCAAUGCUCUGUCUCUUAUAUAAGACUGAUCA